AUGGCUUGUGAUAGUGAAAGAAAAGUAACAUUGGGUGAACUAGUUGUAAUUGACAGGUACAAUGAUCUAGGCGAAGAUGAUAAUAUGGCAGAUUCUGUGGCAUUAUACAAAGGUAUUCGAUUGACCAUCGGUAGGAACGUUAACAAUGAUAUUGUGAUCAAUCAUCCAGCAGUCUCCGGAGAGCACUGUGUUAUAUGGGCGAUUCAAUUUGAUGAUAAUUCUAUUCCAUUAAUUUAUCUCAAAGAUUUGUCAUUAAAUGGAACCUAUGUCAAUGAUAACAAGAUCGCUAAAAAUUCAGUUUCAUUGUUAAAUCAUGGUGACGUGAUAACAAUUGAAUAUGGAAUUGAAAUUGAAUAUCAAUCUGUAUUUGGUUACCAGGAAUCUGAGUAUGGGGAAGAGAUUAUCUCAAAAGGCUCAAUCUGUAAAGAAUUCAAAAACUGGACUAUUUCAAAUAGAAUAUUGGGUAAUGGAACUUUUGGAUAUGUUUUUGUAUCUCAGAGAAAAGUUGAUUCUAAGUUAUGUGCUGUUAAGGUUAUCAAAAACACACCAAAUGUUAUUCCAUUUGAAGCCAAAGUAUUGAUGAAGUUGAGCCAUCCAAAUAUUAUAAAUGUCUAUGAGACAAAAAUCAUUGGGAACCAAUUAUACAUCUUUGAAGAUUUGAUUUGUGGAGGGGACUUAUUCUCCUAUUUAGCUAAAGGUGACUCCUUAACGGCUUUGCCAGAAUUUGAAGCACUAGUUAUUGCGUACCAAGUAUUAGGUGCCCUUCGUUAUCUUCAUCAAAAUAAUAUAGUUCAUCGUGAUUUAAAAUUGGAUAACAUUUUGUUGGCUUCACCUGAACCUUUUACCAGAAUUGUUCUUGCAGAUUUUGGAAUUGCUAAAUCAAUAUGUUCAACAAAAAGAAGAAUGUUUACCGUUGUUGGAACUCCAGAAUAUUGUGCACCAGAAGUUGGAUUUGAUUCCACAAAGAAUCCUGAAUUUAACACCGGAAUAUUGAAAAAACUCUCAUUGGUAAAAAGAGGAUAUGACUCAAAAUGUGACAUAUGGUCCCUUGGAAUAAUCGUUCAUAUAAUUUUGAGUGGAAUCUCACCUUUUUAUGAAGAUGGUAAUGAAAUAAAUAUCAUCAAAGCAGCUAAAAGAGGGAGUUUAAAGUUUCACUUAAAACAAUGGGCAAAGAUUUCUGAUUCAGCUAAGGAUUUUGUUCAAUCAUUGUUGUGUGUUGAUAUUGAGAAAAGAUUCAAUGUUAUGGAAUGCUUUGAACACAAGUGGAUCACGAUUCACGAAGCUGAACUUGCAAGAGUCAAUGCAAAGAUUUUUUCAAACUUUAGAGAUUGA